ACUGGGCUGUUCGCUCUUACGUUCUUAAGAAGACUGUUGUUUUUCUUCAUUUCUAGUGAGAGCACAACUACUAACACCUUUUUCGCAUCAGGGAAUAGUACGGGAUGCGAGAGAACACGGCAGCAGUAAGAACGAGAAGUACGAAUUUUAUGUGCCCGUCGUCAUCCCUGUUCAUAAACAGAAUGGGAUGAAACGUCAAAAAGAGAUACUUGGAGUUCUUAUGUGUGUUAGAGGAAUAACAUAUUUUGUACUACUAAACAUUCUUGCAGUGCAGAUUUGAUUGCCAAGCGCAGAAAGGUUCAAAUUAAAUCAGUGGAAAAACGACAUGUGUUUGUAAAACAAAUUUUACCAUCAAAUUGACAAGAGUCUACUAAGACCGAUAGUGAUAAAGCGAGAAAUCAAAAUCUAUUGAUUCCAGCAUCCCACGGGAUAUAGAGCUCAACUAAAAUGUUUGUUACAAUUAAGUCCUCCUGUAUUAACCCGAAAAACCUGUUUUGCUUUGUGUGCGGUAAGUACACGCCGUCGCAUCAUAAACGCUCGAUUAUGACCAUUCCAAUCAUGGACGCGUACGAAGCAUUCUUCAGCAUCCGUACGCAAAAGGAUGACUACGUUCAUGGACCGGCAUCGGUAUGCAAUGAUUGCAAUCAGGGUUUGUUGCGGUGGAAAAACGGUCAAUAUCCACGUCCGCCGUUGCCAUUCUCUACGCCUAUGAUAUGGAAGGCACCGAGUAAUCACACUAACGAUUGCUACUUCUGCAUGACCAAGACGGUAGGCGAAGGAAAGAAAAAACUCGCACAAUAUCCCGACAGCAUCCCGUCCGCGAUGAAGCCUAUACCGUGCGAGGUUGAUCCCACCUUGACUAUGCCCCUACCGACAGCUAUUCCGAAUGCUCCGGUGAUUAUCAAAAAAGCAAUAAAUGUGAUCGAUUCUGCCAAACUACCCGUUUCGCCGAACUGGUCGGUAAGUGUGAAAAAAGUGAAACUGGAUCACACACAACCUAAGCAACAGAUACCGACGACCCCGUUGGUGCCACAUAAACCGCUCAUGGAUGUCAAUAUACCGCACGUAUCACCGCCCUUGGCCCCCAUCAAGCAGCAACAAUAUCAACAGCUCAAGAUAAGACCGGAUACUCAGUUGAAAAACAUUCAGGGAUCAGAAAAAAUAAAGUCCCCGCAUCAUGUGCCGCCUCAGCAGCAGCAUUAUGGCAGCAUAAUUUCGACACCACAACGGAAGCAGCCACCGCUCAUUCAUCAUCAGCAGAUACCGCAAAUACGCAUGGUAAACAUGCACUCGACGAUGGACGAUCGUCCGCGGACUAAGCCGAUUGUACCGGCGUACACAGUUCUUCGGAAUGAACCUAUUACAAUCGAAAUCGACGAUGACGAACCCGAAGAACAGAACGAACCGUCCAAACCGUUACCACUGACAAACGGUGUUUCCCUGAAGCAUCAAGGUACGCCAGGCUGUCAUACUCAACCACCGAUGGUGUCGGUACCAACGGUAUCUGCCAAUGUGGUUUCCAGUACCAGCACCACAUCCCGAAAUCCACAUCUGAUGACGGCCCCCGAUUUAGUAUCAUUGAUUCGCGAGCUCGAACUUCCAAGAGAUAAGGCCAGUUUGCUGAUUGAUCGCUUCCGUCAAUGGAAUCUGCUCGACCGGCAGUGUUUGAUGGACGGUGCUCUCAGUAAAAGUCCAGAAUUCAAAAAACGACCCUCAAACGGAAUGGCAGCACUGGUGCAUUCGACCAGUUCCACCAACAAACAAAAGCGGCAGGGAAUGUGCUAAAUGUAAAUCGACGCGGAUAACCUCGCUAAAAGAUCCUAUCUCUAAGCUCUACGAUAAAAACUACUUAAUUUUUAAGAUAUCGAAGAUCUGAUAGUAUUAUACUUGAUAUGUUUAGGUACUUAUCUUUUUGUAAUAUUUACUUGUAUGCUGUGCCAUUGGCUCCUACGAAGACAUAUACGUUUAUGCAUCGAAAAUAAACAAAUCAUUCCAGAGGA